UUGGUUGUCGUCCUCAUAGCGACACUGCAAUUUUUGAGAAUGGCGAAAGGGAAGAAAGAGUUGCUAGCGUCAGCACCGUGGAGGGUAGAGGCAGAACAAGAUGACAAAUUCAAAGACGCAAGGCUCAAAGUCACUAGCCAACCUGGUCAAACGGCGACUAUGCACGUCCCUGGUAAAAAAUCCGUGAAAUCCAUUGUUAAUGAAACUGAUGAUUCUCUUGAAAUUGACCCUGAACUUCGUUACAGCUUCCAACGUAACUUCCAGUUUCUUCAACGCGUCUUCAGCAUUGACACUGUUGUUAAACCUCUGCCUCCUGCAAUGGCAUAUAAUGUUGCUCGUAACUUGACCUUCUUCACGAGUAUCUUUACGCAAUUCUUUGAUCCGGAAGGAAUAGCAAAUGCACAAAAAUCUCUUGGCUUAGGACAGGAAGAAAAAGUUCGUAAGGUUCGUUAAUGGACUUUUUUAGUCUCUGCAAGGAGUGUUGAGUUUUCUUUUUUCCUUUGCUGUACCUCAUAUAUUCUGGAGAUUCAGGCAGUUUUGUACUCUGUAUGCAUUUGCUGAUAAAUGACAAGUAAUCUUAAAGCUCAUUAGUUUACCAGCACAAGUGCUAAUGACCUCCUAUUCAGUAUUCA